AUGGCCAGCGCGCGCCGCACCCCCAACUUCCCCACGCGCACCCCGGGCAGCAAUGACCGUCCAGUCACGGCAGAUGCAGACAGGGAGGAGAUAUGGAAGCCCAUGCUGGACAACAUCUCGAGCGGAAAGCGACUGCCGGAGAAGAGUUUGUUAGUGUUGGGCGGAACACCAGAAACACAACGAGACUUUCUCGAAUCAGUUUCUACAGAUUCUGCAAACAACCGGAGACCGCCGGAUCGUGGCAGAAAGCCGCCCGUUGCCAAUCAGUUCGCCCUGGGAUACACGUACCAAGACGUCCUGGACACGGAUCAUGAGGACACUCUCGCUCGCCUGUCGCUAUACCUCCUCGCAAAUCCUUCACCCUCCUUCACCCCACUAAUCAAACCCUAUCUCAAUCCACGAACUCUCCCACACAUGCUCAUCGUAAUACUUCUGGACUGGAAUCACCCGUGGCUAUGGAUACGCCAACUCCGCGACUGGAUACGGGUGCUGAGAUCCUUGAUUGUCUCACUGGAUGAUGCGUCCAAGGUUGUCUUGGAAGAGAACAUCCAGACUUUGCAAGACAAAGGUCGUAAUCUGGCCACCGAAGGAAGCAGCCUAGAGAGCGUAAAGGUCCCACUCGGUCCCGGCGAGUGGGAUGAGCCUCUCGGCAUUCCUUUGUGUGUUGUUUGCCAGAAUGCUGACAAGAUCGAGACGCUGGAAAAGGAGCGGGGAUGGAAAGAGGAGGAAUUCGACUUCAUCCUCCAGUACAUGCGCACUAUUCUUCUCAAGCACGGGUCGAGUCUGGUCUACACUAUGCCCACGGCACCCGGUUCAUUACAAACACUUAUCCAUUCUACUCUGGGAAUCAAAUCACUACUGAAACAAGAGCAGUUGCGGCACAAUGUCACAGACCGAGAUCGAGUGUUGGUCCCUCCAAACUGGGAUUCAUGGGCAAAGAUCCGCAUUUUGCGCGAGGGAUUCGAUGUGGAGGGAAUAAGCGAAAAAUGGAGCGUUGAUAUCGACAUUCCCAACCAUAUGCGGCCAACAAAUGGCCAAGCAGCUGCCCCCGUUGAGGGAGAAGAACAAACAAACGGCGAAACAAUGCCAACUCCAAUCCCGGAGGAGGAGUACCAGGGCCCUACGGCGACUUCAAUCUACGAGGAGACGAUCCGCAAUCCCGAAUCUGACUAUGCAUUGUCCAGCCUGUCUAAACAGGCCAACGGCCUCGAAGUGUCUAGCAAAGAUCCGCAAGCCUUCCUCGCUGAGCAGGUCAACGUGCUUGAGCACUUACGACGAGAAGACGAAAGUGAAGCCGCCCUCAAAGCUGCACGCAAAGAACAAGAGCCAGUGUCGCGAGCCUGGGCCGAUGAUGCAUCAGGCGUGGUUGAGGAGCAUAUCGGUCCUGUUCAGUUCAACAUGGGUGGUAUCCAGGUCAAUGCUGACGAGAUGGUGAAGAGACUACAGGACCGCCAAGCCAACCGAACGGACGAUCCCGAAACCCCACCACCCAAGACUCAAGAUACCAAUAUCAACGACAACGAGAAACUGCGAUCUUUCUUCUCAAGCCUCGUCAACAAGACACCUUCAAGCACCCCACGCGGCUCAUGA